UUGCAAGCUGUGUACGGAAUUUCGAAUUAUAGAUCUACUCACAUCCGGUUCCGCCAGCCUACUUCCUUUUUUGUUGGUAGUUCAACAGACACAGCAAUCAUGGCAGAUGAUGAGCAAGCCUUGGCUGAAAAGAAGAAGAAGAGGACUUUCCGUAAGUUCACCUACAGAGGGGUUGAUUUGGACCAGCUCUUGGACAUGUCCCUGGACCAGUUGGCAGAUAUGUUCAACUGCAGACAGCGUCGUCGUUUGAGCCGUGGCUUGAAGAGAAAACCACUUGCUCUCAUCAAAAGACUGAGAAAGGCCAAGAAGGAAGCAGGCCCUCUUGAAAAACCAGAGGUGGUCAAAACUCACCUCCGUGACAUGAUCAUUGUCCCAGAAAUGAUUGGCUCAGUUGUCGGUGUUUACAAUGGCAAGACUUUCAAUCAAGUUGAAAUUAAGCCUGAGAUGGUGGGCCACUACCUUGGCGAGUUUUCCAUCACCUACAAGCCUGUCAAGCACGGUCGCCCUGGUAUUGGUGCCACCCACUCUUCAAGGUUCAUUCCUCUGAAGUAGAUCAAUGUAAUAAACUGGUUUUGCCCAGAAACAUACUG